CAGAUCACGGGCUAGUAGUCAGUCGGCGGUCGGAGUCCGCGCGCGACGGAUCGUGGGGCGGUAGGUUUGUACUACUUGCUCACUCGGCUCGGCCGGCGGCGCGACGUCACGGAUUGACUCCGCGUGCCCGCGAGACAGUAGCACGUGCGUGCGUGUGUGCGUGCGUGCGUGCAUACGUGCACACCGUGGAUAGGUGCAUACGCUUCGUGUGCAGUGAAAAGUGCACGUUUCGGGUGGACGCGCGUGUCUUCAGUGAUCGAACGUGAUUCUCGGCGAGAGCGGUGACGAGAAUACCAGCGGAGUUCUCUCGUCUGAACCGGCUCUCGUAUGUAUCCUGGGUAACGUGCUGUCGUAAUUAUCCGAGCACGCGUAGCAUUCGAGAGGCACGUCGGUAGCGGCCGGUGGAGGUGAUCUGGACCGAUGCAUUUCCUCUUCGGUGGCUCACGCGACAAAAAUAUCCGCGAAAAAUCUCGGCAGCCCGCCAAGCGGCCUCGAGAGCCGUCGCCGUGCUGCUCUAUCGAUGUAGCAUUGAUAAGAUAAUCCAGGGAUGAUAGUCGGAAUAUGAUGAACGGGGCGCGGGCGCGUUUUGACAGGCGCGGCGCGUAACGUAAAAUCGCAUUCACCACAUUGCUCCCGACAGGCGCCGGACGGAAGACAAAAGUCCGAGAAAUCCGUAGAUUUUCCGGAAAGCGGUAACCGCAGUUCUCGUGAAUGUCGAAUCGACGUACGUGCCAGGGAACGUAAUAAACGCGUCCCCGACGUGUCCUGCGUCGUAUUGAGGUUCCUUCUUACAGAAGAGGGCGAAUUUUGCGCAACCACGACGGCAUAAAGGCGACUCCGUGUCUGGCGUUUAUAGAGCUCCGAGAUUCCUUGGAAAUUAUACGACACCCGAAUGCAGAUCGCGGCAGGCGAUACGGAGUGAGCGCAUGAAUGCACGGCUAUUCUUGAAGAACGUUCGCGGCAGAAGCUGCGCCCCGUUCCUAACAAAAAGAGUCACACGUCAACCGCUGAAAGGGAGUACGUGCGCGUAGGGAGGAAAACGUCGAGUAUUCUAGGCACGCGUUGUAUGACAACGAAAACCCGUUCGACUGAUCAUUUCUCCGUCAUUCUUCCGAAUUUUCUAAAUUGCAUAAGUCGUACGUUUUGUACGUAAUGUAAGGCAAAUGUUGGGGGAAAGAGAGAGAGAGAGAGAGAAAGAGUGAGUUUCCGAGUUUUAACAUGCUUAGGCACAUCAAUCCACAAUUAUCGCGAUUAUUCCUUGGCACGCGAAGACAUUUAAUAAUACAAAUAAAUUUAAAGUGCAAAAAUUUAUGGCAUUUUCCACUUCAACAACACGUGUUGCAUUUCUAUCGAUAACAUUGUGUAACGAUAUUCACGUAUUUUUUAUUAAAUAACUACGUGUCUGACAACUACGUAAAUCUUUUAGCAAUAAAUUUUUUAAUAUUUUAAUACAUUGUUUUCCGUUUUUAUAUUAUUCAAACAGCAAUAACCCGGCUGUUUGUAAUAUGUAAUAAUUUUAUAUAUAAAAAUGUAUUCUACUGUAUACAUUUAUUCAAGUUGAUCUUAAAUGAAUAAAUUAAUUAAGAAAAGUCUGAUGUGAAAAAACAAUCAAAACAACGCACUACACGUGACAUUGCCUCUUCUCUUGAAUCUAGCUACAAGAUUUGUUUAAAACUCGUAGAUUAUUUUUUCGUUACUUUCGAGCGCGUAAAAACUAGAAAAUAUAACUAAUAAACAUUAAACUAGCCAUGAAGAUAUGUAGUAAAAUUUGAGAUAAAAAACAUUUUCAUUUUUUCAUUGAUUCGAUAAUCUUGCGAAUUUUCAAACCUUUCUCACUAGAAACAAUGUUACAAUUAAGUAAUAAUGGUAAAGAUGUUACAUGUGUGACCAGGACACAACAAUUAAAAAAAUAUAUCAUAUGUGAUUUAAAGACCGGAUUUAAAGAAACCUAAUACAAUAUGCGCUAAGAAUAGAAAACUGUCAAAUUACUGUAAGGUUCGACGAAAUUGUGAUAAAAUUCGAAAACGUUUUUACCAAACAGUCAUGCAUAUUCAACUGCGUAUGGGGAUAAAAAAAGGGCCAGGAACACAGAAUUCUUUGCAAUAUAAAGAUCUUCUGACGCAAAAUUUAGAAAACGAGAGGGCUCGGCGACUUUUAUCCUCCGUAUUUCCCAUGAAUAUGAAAGCCUCUAUGGUAAUCGCAAUUUCCUGAUAUAUGCUGUUAAAAAAUUGAUAAAUGUAAACCUAUGGGUAUAAUGCCAGUAUAUAACUGUCACCUGUCCUUUUUUAUAAUGGAUUCCUACUUGACAACGCAAUAUCUUUCAUCCCUGUUCUUGAUGUUACGUACAAGAUUAAAAAAAAAAAAGUUUCGUUCUUUUUAUCAUCAAAAAAAUUGCAGAGUAUAAAGAUUUUUUUAUAACCUUGUAUUUUAAGAAUAUCAGAUAAUCUCGAUACAAUGACUUUUGUGAAGAAAAUUUAAAUAAUCGAUUUAUAGUAGCAUUAAAUAAAUCGCCAUUCAGCGAAAAUCUUAUACUAUACUUGUGUGAGAAGGAAAGAAAGGCAGACAAGCUGUAUGGCGCGAAAACGGCGCCGCUGCGCCGCGGAGUGUCUCGCGAUUUUUACAAUCCGCUCUCUGUUGAUGCUGUGGCGCGAGCUAAACGACCGUUUUUAUUCUCCGUAGAGAAAAAAAAAAGUGAUUCCACGCCGAGGGAGAGGAUGGGACUGAAAGGGCGUGAACAGAGGAGAUCCCCGAGGAAUAGCAUUCGCUCCGCGUAAAACGCACACGUUCGCAUUUUAAUCCAAUGAAAUUACCAACAGCACAAAAAGACCGUUGCCUCUUUGCAAUUCGCCAAACCGGUGAACUACCUUUAAUUCACAACCAAGUUAUGUCUCGGCUCGAUCGUCACCCUUUUUAACCCUUCUCUCGACAACGACAGUGACUCUCGGUUAGGUUAAGUUAGGUUAGGUUAUUUCUAUCAUUCCCGGAGUUUUCUAUUAUUCGCGGAAUAUAACGCGCGUUUUUAUUUGCAGCGUCCUUUCGUCUCUACGUGCGCGCAAACCAUCUCGCGCCUCGUGCUGUGCUGUGUGACUGCUGAGUCAGACUGAGAAGAUUGCGAUACAGGAUAUUAUAUAUAUGUUUAUCCUGCCACUAGUUGCAUGACAUAACAUGCUCUUAUAGCUUAUUAUCUGGUGGAUGAUAUUAAUCCGUGAAUUUCUAAUACAGAUUAUACCUGGAUCCACAGCGUUUUACAUUAAAAUAGAUGAUAAAACAUUCCCCAUAUAAUGCCUUCAGCAAUUGGCUACAAAUUUACGUCGUUGCGAAUCCAAAAGAGAAGAAGGAUAAAACUAAGUAAAUUUGUACACGUCGAAAUACUUUCCCGCGAACAUCGAAUGUCGCUAAUCGCAAAAGACAUUCCUCGGUACGUCAGGAGGAUGACGGCAAUGGGAUAACACGAGGGGCGAAGUUCUUAUCGGUUUUCCAAUUUUCCCAUCGCCGGUUCAGUUCUUCGGGAUGCAAUUGUCGCGAAAAUCCAUUAUGAUUGGGAAGAGUGCGCGACGGGCGCACGUAUAUACACGUAGAAACACGAGACACGCGCAGAGUUGCACGCGGAGAGAGAGUUGCAUACACACAUGCACAAAAAUUCUUAACCCCCUUCGUGCUACCGUUUUUCCUCUCCCUCCUCUUAACUUCUGCCGGCGACAGCAUCGAAACGACUAUUCCUGUUAUAUUCCAGUAUUCACCGUGCCGAUACUAUCUGGCGGGUGUCAAGUUGUAUUUCACUUGUAAAUUAUUUUUUCCGUGAGUCUAUCUCGGCACCCCGUACGUCCGUCCGUCCGUCCGUCCGUCCGUUCGUUCGUUCGUCCGUCCGUCGGUCCUAUCUACCACCCUGCCAUCCCCAUGGCAAACGCACCUCUAAAAUAUUUAUGUGCACAGAUAUCGAGUUUCGAGCGCGGCCCAAUCGCAGCCACCGUACGCGAACCGAUGCCGCGGGUCGAUUAAUAUCGGGCCACCUGGUCAAAUCGCAUUCGGAUCGGUCGAAAAGGGGGGAAGGGAGAGAGAGAGAAAAAAAAGGGAAAAAAACCCUGUCAUUUUGGAAACGCACACGCCGCGGGCGUUUCACACAAUCGCGUACUGCGAAUCGCCUCGCUGUGAAUUCCCAUGAAUUUCAGAGGUCGCGUCGCCGUGGGAAAUUAAUCGGACGCGAGUGUGUGUGCGUGUGUAUGCGGCCCGGUCGACGAAAGUGGCUAUUCUUCGAGUGCGGAAACUUUCUUGGAUCCGGUAAGUGGACCGGCAGUGGAACCGGAAGCGUCCGUCAGGCAGUGGCAGCCGAAGGAAGUGGAUAUAUAUAUAUAUAUAUACGUUCCAUGCGUGAGCGGGCGAACCGGAUAAGUGGCGCGUACGUUCACGUGAAAGCCCGGCAGAACGUUAAGAUUAAAUGAAUGUUGUUACGGCGGGCGCUGGCGAUCGCGACGGGAAAAUCGAGGGGACACGGCAGGAUCGCUCGAUUUAAAUUCAUAGAUGUGCGAGCGAACGGGCCCACAAUGGUGGCUCGGUUCCCGCAACAAGUUCUGCUGCUACUCGUACUCGUUACUGGAUCAUCCACGGGAGAAGCUGAAGAUCCGCGGUGGAGCACAUACAGCGCUCGAAAAACUAGUCGAUCUUCGUCGCCACGAUCCUGGCCGUCUUCGAGUCUAGAGCAUCCCGCGAGGGAGACUAGAUCCUUGAAUAGCAAGCUCCCGGAAACUAGCUCUUGGAGCGUAGACAGAUCGAGUCCUGGAACUCGAUCGGAUCUGAGUUUCCUAGGAAGCGUGGUCGAGAGGUCCGAAGAAGAUGAAGACGAGAGGAGGAUACGGGCGCCGAGGGCCACUGAUACCGAGAACGCAAAGAUCACAAGCCAUAACCCGUCCAUCUCCUCCAGGAGUAACGAAACGAGCCAGACGGAUCCGUCCAAUCGGAUUUCCAUCGAAUCAUCGUCUUCGAAGUCGUCGGCGAUUGGCUAUCACCUCAUGAGAAUCUCAUCGACUUCUAGAAGCUCUUAUGACAUAAUUCCAACAUCCAAGACACGAUCAUUCAAAAUGGUCUCGCGCGGGAACUUGGAGAACAUGACGUCGAUGACGAAAGACAUCGCUAUGCCACGACGUCAAAUUAGACAUGUCCCAGUCCCCUGCGAGAAGUUUGUGGUCGGGGACUCGACAAAGAAGGAAUUUUAUAGCCCGAAUUAUCCCGAUCAGUAUCCAAAUCAGACAAUUUGUGAACGAGUUUUGGAAGCUGAGAAAGGUAUGCUACUGAAGCUCGACUUCCGGGACGAGUUCAACCUCGAAGACAGCCCGAAUUGCGCAUUCGAUUACCUCGAGGUACGUGACGGUCAGUAUGGUUACUCUAAUCUCCUCGGCAACUUCUGCGGCACGAAUUUUCCCCCCGAGAUCACGUCGAAGACGCGAUACCUUUGGCUGCGAUUCCGCAGCGACGAUAAUAUCGAGGGCAAGGGAUUCAAGGCUGUGUGGAGUACGAUACCGAGACCAACUUAUCCGGGCGUACUACCGGAACCAGAACCGUGCAUAUUUAACAUGACGGGUAAUCAAGUGGUGAUUAACACCGACGAUAUUGAGGACAAAAGAUUUCAGGCUCAGAAGGAAGGAUUCCCGUUGGAUUGCCUGUGGAUCAUUCAAGUGAAAGAGAAUUCAAAGAUCCUGCUGAUUCUAGACAAUUUCAAACUGCACCAACCAAACGAGUGCGAGGUCAAUUUUGUAGAGAUAUUUAAAAACAAAACGGACUUAGAUUCAUUGGAGAGGCGGUUCUGUGGCAGUAUCGCCGAUACCAUUAUCCUUCAAACCAAUAUCGCCUACUUGAGAUUUUAUGCACAGCCUAAGGCUGUCAACAGCAGCUUCGAGGCAGUGAUAACCGCCAUCAGGGAAAAGAAAACUGGAAAAUCUUGCAAUGAGGACGAGUACGAUUGCGAGGACGCGACGUGCAUUGCCGCGGACCUACAGUGCAACAAGAAACAUAAUUGCCGCUUCAAGUGGGACGAAGACGACGGAAAGUGCAAUGCAAAGAGCUCAGGGUUGUUUGAUUCGCACCAUAUCGUCAUAAUUCUUGUCGUUUUCUCUCUAAUUAUGUUUGGCAUGAGCUUUGCCUUCGUCUUCAACUGCAUCCGGAAGCUCAUUCGCGAUCACCGUAUUAUCCAGGAGCACAUAAGGCAAUCCAGAGAGAAUCGUUUGGACGAACUGGGUCGAAAGUCGACUCCAUGUCCAAUUUCAGUUUCCACGACGGAUCUGCACGAUCAUGGCAGCGAGUCACCUAGUUUGGAAGUCCUGCCCAGCAAAGAAUUGAUGCCACCUACUACCAUGAUAUCUCAGGAAUAUACCAAGGAACUCGUCCUCGAGAUGACUUACAACACGAGCGAUAUCACCGACAUUCACCAAAGCAAUAACGUGAGCAAUGCCACGCAGGAACGUUUGCAAGAGUCCAGCGAGGAGCCGGAGAUGCGCGACAAUUGCUGUCAAACUCGAGAAAGUCUUUUCGAACCACGAAUACCGGAUACGAUGAUGUCGUUAGGUUUCACGACCUUUGGCGUGCGCGCGCCUAGCUCUCAGAACGGGACCAAUCUUCACCACCAUCAUCAUUAUCAUCUUCGUCAACAGUCGCAACAGAGUCCGCAACAGUCUCAUCAAAGUGUUAAGUCUUCGCAACCAAGUUCGCAAUCGUCGCAGCAGAGCUCGCAGCAACAAAGUAUCUCUCAGUGCUCCGGUUGUAGUCCAGCGUCCCGCGGACACGACGGCAGUAUGGGCAUUUGUCCGAAGCAUAAUCCCAUACCAGCGCCACCAGGUUGGUCUUCCCACGAAGCCAAUUAUCCAGUGCCUGUGCCGCAAGCUGCCCAGUACCCGGAACAGUUGGACUAUCCGUCUUAUCAGAAAUUCCAAAGUCCUAAGCCCAGCAGGGAGUCUAGCGACGUCUACAGUCGACAGUCACCCAAGUUUCUACGUCAAGGCACCGUGGGAUCUGGCGAGAGGUACGGUAGUUCCAUGUACGGAUCCGGCCAUGGCUCCAGCAACAACACGUCUAGCACAUCGCAACACUCGUCCGGCAAUACGCCUACUAAACGUCAACCAACGCUGGACCCGAGGUAUCGGGCAGAGGCAGUGAUCGAAGUGGAUCAGAGACGGCCAUUUAGUAUAGAAAGCACGAAAAGUGCUCCGGACGUGAUCGCGACGCACUGACGCCGGGGUCUUGGGGAUUGGGAGCCCUACAAGAGACGCCAUCCCCGUCAAAAUUACCCAGUGACGACUUGCAACGGCAAUGGGAACAAAGUGACCGUCGCCACGCAGAGUUCUCUCGACGAUGACGCCUCGACGAGCUCCACCAUAGAGGUAAACUCCUCCUCCUGAUCCACGUGUCGCGACGCGCUCGAUCGCGAGAAAUCGGGCGAGAAUUUGCUUACGGUCAGUGAUCACGAAUCAUCAAGGAUCGGUCAGCAAUCCGGGGUCGGUGAUAUAUCCACUCAUAUCUAUUCAACUGGAGAGAGACAUGUCGAGGAAGUCGCUGGUGAAUCAACUAAACUAGAGAGUUCAACAACGGUCAGCGACGCGUCUGGCUCCAAUUCAGUCAAUCUCAACGCGGAGUCUCGACUCGACGGUUCGAUUCCCACGGCGCGCUCGACUAAUCGUACCGGUUGGACGACGGCGGGCGAUUCGACGAUUUCGAAAUCGUGGCGGGCAAAGGCAGCCUUGAAGCUACACGAUUUACCGAUUCUCCGGCCACCGGAGGGGUUCCGGGUACCUGUGUUCAGAUGCAGGACUCCAUCUCUCUCCUGGCAGCACUGCGCGUGUCUCUCGCACACGCAUCUACCGCCGCAGCGAUCAUCGAUCGCCUGGAGUGCCUUCGAGCGAUGCAGUUUGGACCCCAUGUAUCGCACCUGGCCUAAUCGAGCAGCAAGAAGAUUUGGCCGGCCUUCGAGAAGGACGGUCGGUACUCAGAGCUCUCUCGACGGUGCUAAAUCGUCCCUCGGCUUUCUCCGAUGCGUUGUCAGAUCGAUCGAUAUGACAGAGAGAUCGCUGGACCAGGAAAUCGGAGCUUCUAUACCUUUCUAGUGUUUGCUUUACGGUUUGAAUUACACCACGGCCGAUUUCCACGUCACUGCUUCUGUGUUUUUCUACUCGAUAAUGCGCACACGUUUUAACUUCACGAGUUGCUAUGUUUAUUUUUUCUCAAAGGAAAAACGCGAAUUUCCUCGAGCGCGGGCUCGAUGUUAGUUGUAUUGUAUUUAAAACGAUAGAGAAGUGUAUGUCAGCCAUGUGUAUAACCGCAUCGGCGAUACGUUAUCCAUGAUGCGAUCCAAAUAGGCAGAGACAACUUCUAUCGGCUUACAGCUCGACCGUUUCCUAGGAGUGAUAAAAGUAAAUAGGUAUUGGUCGCGUCACUUGAGCGGACCAGGUAAGUGCAAUAGUCUACGUUGAUGGUGUCGCGCGAAUAAAUUUCUGACGGAAGCGAUUGAAACCGAGAAAUCGAGAAUCGUGUAUUUUGUCUCGUAAACAAUCCGCUGCCUGUACGCUAUCUGUACGAUAAGUGAAUCGUGAAGAGAAUAAAAGAACGAGAAAAAAUCUCGAUCUCCUCCCGCUCUUCCCGUAGCUUAGAGUUCGAACUAGUACUUAAACGCGAUUAAAUCGAGUCGUUUGAAGCAGUGCUAUAUAUAGACGGAAAAAAGGGAAGAAAAGAAGAAAAACGCUCCUUUCGAUUCGAGAAAGAAGAAGAUGAAAGGAUUCUUUUGAACUUAUACUCAAGUUUAUAGUACAUUUAAUAGUAUUUAUAUUUACAUGUUUACAUUAAUAGAUUGUUCUAAUAUUUUCUCGUAAUUUCUCCCUUUUAGCAAUGUAAUGACUCUGGUUUAAUAUUUCAUCUAAAAAUUGCAACGUGGAAUCAUAUCGCACCAGUAGAAUUAAUUUUGCAACGGAAAGAAAUUUAUAUAAAGUACAGGCGACUCGUUCCAGAUAUUUCAAUAUUAAAGCAAGGUCUUUUUCCGAAUCGCGCUGUUACUUUUAUCACAGAGUCAAAUUCUGCCGGAAUAAUUUUAACGUCACGGGAAAAUCUGUUUUAAACGUUUUAAUAAUUCUCUCGAACACAUAAAGCAAGGGCGGAGGAGGGGGGGGGAAGCAGCGUAAGAUAAGAAAACGCAUUCUAUCGAUACUGAUUAUUGAUUUCUGCGAAAUCUCACGGGCUUAAUGGAACGUAACAUAUCGGGAACGGAACUUCAUUCGUUCUUACACGUAGCACCGCCUAGGAACAGAGAGGCGGGAAUCGAGGGCUAUUAAUCACUCGUUAACCGAAGAGAAAAACAAACCCUCCCUACGACGGCUUGCGGUCUCUUUUCCGCUUAGUCGCGAAGAAAAAAGACGAAUAAAGUGGUUCGUGAGUUUUGCCCGUACGUCAGAAACAACUAAUUAUUUCAACUGGGCGCGCUGUAAAUUAUCGACGUAUCGGUGGGCGAUAGUUCGGGGGGGGAGGAAGAAAUUCAAAGCGAACGCCUGAUAAAGCCACUGGAUUCAUAGAACAUCCCCGUGUUUCCCCGAUAUCCAAUGUAUUCCCGUCACGUAGUCUAACCGUAUGCUUCGCGAAACGAUACUUCUUCUUUAGCAGCGUUGCGUGUAGCGUGCCGGAAGACGUUUCCGAUAAUUCUUCCUACGAAUCCAUCCCAGCUGGAUCAAACCGGGAUUAAUGGUGAACGUGACGUUCUAACGAUUUUAGGCAUGUUGUCUGUUCACGUUCCGCACAUUUAAUCCUAAAUGUGCCGACUGAAAUGCGACGCGCUAGGACAGAAAUGUAAAUCCGAAUCUUGCUCUUUUUCAGUAUCGUUUAACGAUAGCCCGCGGAAUGCGACUGGCAUCGAUCGGCGUCGAGUGAGGAUCUCGCAAUGAUGUACAGACGGCGCGCACGACGAUAAUAUUAGGCAAACUAUUUUUACAUGUGGUGAUUUCUACGGAAAAGUUGCGAGUCUGCGCGCGCUCGGUCGCAGCAAGUAGUUCGAGAGAUGCAUUUAUAGUUCGUAAUACACACACAUAUACGCAUGCACAUGCGUAUGCGUUAUACUUCGCAUAUUUUACUAAUUUACAUAUUUACAUGUUUUGCUAAUUUACAUAAUCGCGCACACGCCAGCACGUCGAACUUGUGUCCUCCGAUCAGCUGACACGCGCAGCUGCUCACGUACGUGAUAUGUAUUUAUUUUCAUCAAUGUCCCGGGACGUGAGUUGAAUGUCGGACGAACGGCGGCCUUGCAUCUAUUUUACGUAUGCGUCUAGGGAUGUCUGAAAUCAUACGCGGUCUGAUAACCAUCCAAGCGUGAUAGCACGAGCAUGCACAUGACGACUGUACAGUUUCCGCUGUGUCCUUUAUAAGCUCUGUGUGCAAACUAUUAGAUCGUUCUCAGUGGCCCUUUAGCCGUUAAUUCUUGUAUGUGGUUAAUUCCUUGUAACCGUUGAAACCAACGUUAUAUAUGCCCGCGUUUCUCUGUUUACUAAUUUACAAUUACAAUUUAGCUGUUGAGCUGAAUAGUGUACGAUAUCAAUCAGUAAUAAUAAGUUAUUACUUAUUUAUAAAAUAUAGAAGCAUAAUUUAUUUUGGCAUUUUUAAAUUUUCAUUAUAAAAGAAGUGAAUUUUACCUUAGGUAACUCAAAUUCUUCUUUUUCUUAAACUUAUAGAAAUACAAAAUACUUGUAUGAAACAACUUUAAUUAAAUAAUAUACAAGUUGUAUUUUUAUAUUUUUGUCGAUUAAAUGUACUGCCACUAUUCUUAUUGUUCAUUUAUCUAAUAUAUUUAUAAUACUUAUUUAUUUAUCAAAUAUUCUGAUUUAUAUAUAGGAUUUUAUGUAUAAAAUGAGGUUUAUCGUUAAUAUCCCUUUAUAUUAUUAAUAUUUUUAAUUUUUUCCAAUUGUAUAAAUGUACUUUGAAAAAAUUUAAUAUUAUUAACUUGAAUUUUUCUUCUAUUAUUAAGCAUAUAAAUGCAUAAUGUCAAGUUUAAAAAAAUGUUUAUCUGUUGAUGAAAAUUCAUAGUUUUUUAUUUAGAAAAUGAUGUAUAUUGUUGUUGCUAAUGUUAUUACUACUAACACAGAGAAAAAUCUAGAAGUAAUUGUACAUACUUGUGUGUAUUACGACAGAAUAUGAUCCAAACAAACUAAAUCCUCUUUGAACGGAGGAAAAAAGAUCGAAUUCUACAAAGAAACAUAAGUGACUUGUAUAUAUGUAUAAUCGUACAUAUCCGAUGCAACAGUAUUACGACAUUAUUUGUAUACUUCAUUAUUCAGUAUGAUUUAUCUUCACCCCAUUUAUAUCAUUCUGGCAUUUGAUUCUACCCUUAUGCAAAAUAUACACAUAGCAAAAGACAAACGGAAAAGUACGACCAUGCGUGCGCAGACUUCUGUACCCACGACCAGAUUGUUAAUUAAAUUAGUCAAUUAAAUUAAAUCGAUUAAGAGGGUGUGAAAGUUAAUGUUUAAUUAUGAUUGAGAGAACUAUGUUUAUGAAUGCAGAUUUCGAACAAUUCGAGACCUAACCGAGUACCCAGAAUUUGUGUACAGAUCACGAGUUAACGUUUAACGUGUAGAACAGAAUGUACAGAGUGUACACAUUUGUAUAUAAACUCUCUACAAGACUAUUAAGAUGAUACACACGAGAUGGAUUAUAAAUAUAGUACUUUUAAAAAAAA